UGCGUCUCGGUCGUCGCGCGAUCCUUCGUAACUGUGUCCGUACUAUCGCGGUCACUCGGAGCCCCCCGUGUCCCGCUCGUCGCUGAGUGCUCGCGAGGGGGCCGUCGACAUCCGACGAGUACCUCGCCGAGCGAGCGAGCGAGUGAGCGUGUACAAAUAUCGACCGUCGUGAUCAUCGGGGCGUCUGCGUUUGUUCCUCGCCGGCCGUUACUCCAGCGACAGCUGAACGAUUUUAGAGCGACGCGUCAGCAGCACCGGCUGUGCCGAAGAGAGGAGGAGGGACAAGCGGCGACAAGCGGCAGCUAGCUGGACGAUCGUCCAAGGAGACAAGCGAGCGGUAAAAAGAGGAAAAAAGACGCGGCGAGAUCGACACCUGCGAACGGCAGCGCAGCGGCACGUCGCGGUCGGCACGCGUCGUGUCGAUCCAUGGAGCAGGAGGAUCCGAAUGGAAAUGCGACGACGAGGCAGGACGCGAACAAAAAUGCCACGGAGGAGGUCGCGCACAAGCGGGACGCCCAAGCGGAAGAAGACUCCCUGGGAAGUCCGCGUGUGCCGUUAGAGAUGGAACAGUCGGAGACCGGUCGGAGAACCAGUAUUUUCAAGUAUUACUCCUACAAGAAUGCAGACACCAUGUCGAGCACGGUGAAGAAAACGGGCCCCUCGGUUGGCGUCAUCGACGUUGGCACGCGGACUGUUCGCUUUGUGGUGUUCAAUGCGAAGCACGUUGCGGAGAUCGCGUCUCAUCAGAUCGACAUUGAGCAAAUCAAUCCUAAGGAGGGAUGGAUGGAGCAGGACCCGAAGGAGAUCCUUUUCGCGGUGAAAACCUGCGUCAAGGAGGUAAUUCGCAAAUUCGACGUGCUUGGGAUGAAGAUCGACGAGAUCGUUACAGUGGGUAUUACGAAUCAAAGAGAAACUACAAUAGCAUGGGACGCGAGUACGGGGGAUCCACUUUACAAUGCCAUAGUGUGGUCCGACAUCAGAACCGACUCGAUGGUGGACCAAAUCAUAGCCAAGUUCCCGGACAAGAGCAAGAAUCACCUGAAACCCCUCUGCGGUCUGCCUGUGAGCCCGUACUUCUCGGCUUUAAAGAUUCGUUGGCUGAAGGAACACGUACCGGCAGUGAAAAAGGCAAUUCGCGAGAAGCGAUGUAAAGUGGGGACCGUGGAUACGUGGAUUGUUUGGAAUUUGACGGGAGGCAAGGACGGCGGACUAUACAUCACCGAUGUAACGAAUGCGUCGAGGACAAUGUUAAUGAACAUAGAAACUCUCUCUUGGGAUCCCACAUUAUGCAGAUAUUUCGACAUUCCUAUGCAAAUGUUGCCGGAGAUCAGAAGCAGCUCUGAGAUAUACGGCAAAGUCUCCACCGGUCCGUUGGCCGACAUUCCUAUAUCCGGUAUUUUAGGAAAUCAACAAUCGGCCUUGGUCGGGCAAAAUUGUUUGAAGAAGGGGCAAGCGAAGAAUACGUACAGGAGUGGUUGCUUCUUGCUCUGUAACACCGGCCAUACCAGGGUAUACUCUUCUCACGGAUUAGUCACGACUGUGGCCUAUCAGUUAGGACCGAAUAGCCCAGCUGUUUAUGCCUUGGAAGGUUCGGUCGCGGUUGCGGGCGCUGCUAUCAAGUGGUUACGGGACAAUAUGAAGCUCAUAAAAGACGUUCACGAAAGUGAACAUCUGGCGCAAAGCGUUUUCAGUACCGGGGAUGUUUACUUCGUGCCAGCUUUCACGGGAUUAUACGCGCCUUACUGGAGGAAGGAUGCGAGGGGGAUAAUUUGUGGACUUACCGCAUUCACCACGAAACAACAUAUUAUCAGGGCGUCUCUAGAGGCAGUCUGCUUUCAGACCAGAGAUAUCCUUGAAGCUAUGUACAAAGAUUGCGGAUUUCCAUUAACGAAAUUAAAUACAGACGGGAAAAUGUCGACUAAUAAUCUUCUUAUGCAAUUGCAAGCCGACUUAUGUGGCACACCAGUGUUUAGGUCAACUAUGCCCGACAUUACGGCGUUGGGUGUAGCAAUGGCCGCGGGACACGCCGAAGGAAUAGACGUUUGGGAAUUAGAAGGCGAGGAUGUAGAAACAGUGCCAACUGAUACUUUUCUUCCGACGACCACACCAGAAGAAAGAGACGCGAGGUAUAAGAAAUGGAAAAUGGCAGUGGAAAGAAGCCUUGGUUGGGCGGCGAUGAAGAUGUCCGACCAAAUGACAGAUGAACGCUACUGCAUGCUGGCGUCCAUUCCUGCCAGUUGGUUUAUAAUGUCGAGUUUCAUUCUAUUACGGUUAAGUCAUUACAUGGCAAACCGGUGACACCAAUUUCACAUUAUGGAAAUGCAGGUGGCUCUAGAUGACAGGUAGCCUUUGAAUCCUGAUGAAUACUUAGUAAAAUGUUUUACGAAAGCUUGCUCACGUACAAUGAGACGAGAAGUGAAUAAGUAACAAAUAUUACAAAUUGUCCAAAGAUUAAAAGGAAUUGUUUCAGCUUAAACGCGUUUUACAUAUUUCAGCGCGUUGUAUUAAUGUUAUAUUCAGUAAUCAAAGACGAACAUCGUCAUAUAUUAUUGCCUAUUGAAUUUGCAGGUUAAUAAUUCAGCUAUUAAAAAAAAAACAUCGUAUCUCGUAUUGUAUCCAGAAAAUAUCAUCCAACGUUCCCAAAAUGAUAUUAAAGAUACAUGUAUACAAAUUCAAUACUUUGAACACCCUCGUCAUGUGAACGAAGCUUCAUUUUUUAAUCAUUAUUUAUUAUAAAAGUCGCAUGUAAAUUUUCAGCACACAUAUAUCAUGCAACAUGAAAUAAAUAUUCUCUGUUUUA